GUUAUAUAUAACUAUGCUUGCAUUGAUGAUGUGUAUAUAUUGAUGCAUUUGGUGACUCAUUUUGGUUCAUUAGUGAUAGUUGUUGGCCAUGGGUGGGUUCAAGCACUUGGUGGUGGUCAAGUUCAAGGAGGAGGUGGUGGUGGAAGAUAUCUUGAAAGGAAUGGAGAAGCUUGUUAAUGAGAUUGAUGCUGUCAAGUCCUUUGAAUGGGGACAUGACAUUGAAAGCCCAGAGAUGCUUAGACAAGGCUUCACACAUUCUUUCCAGAUGAAUUUCAACAGCAAGGAUGACUUCACUGCUUUUCUUGGCCACCCUACUCAUCUCGAAUUUUCGUCUACUUUCUCGACAGUGAUCGAAAAGUUUGUGGUUCUUGAUUUCACAACUGUUCUUGUCAAGUCACCAGCAUGAUCAACAAUGUCAUUCAACCAUAUCCGAGAAGCUAGCUACUAUCCAAAAUAACAGUAUUUGUACGUCUGUGUGUGUGAAUUUGUGUGUGUGUUUGUUUGCAUAAUUGUGGAGGACUAUGCAAAAUAUGUUAUGAAGGCAACUGAAUAUUUAAUUUCAGCCUUGUAUUUAGUAUCCACUCUUGAUCAAUUGAUGAUUGCUAUAUAUGUGGUAUUUUAUAUCUGAAUCAAAGUGAACUAAAUAAAGUAGAUUGUAUUUGUGAA